AUGGGUUUAGAGGAAUCAAGAGUUCAAAGAUUGAAGUCUAAGAUCCCCCUUCCGCUCCUCCUUCCCCCCUUAUUCCCUCGUCCCUCCACCCAUCCCUACGCUCCCCCUCACGUGCUCACCUUGGAGCUCUCUUCCAGAACGUCACGCUUCCCUCGCUCCCCUCGCUCCCCUCGCUCCCCUCGCUCCCCUCCGUCCCCUCGCUCCCCUCCCUCCCCUCGCUCCCCUCCCUCCCCUCCGUCCCCUCCCUCCCCUCCGUCCCCUCACUCCCCUCCCUCCCCUCCGUCCCCUCCGUCCCCUCGCUCCCCUCCCUCCCCUCCGUCCCCUCGCUCCCUUCGCUCCCCUCGCUCCCCUCGCUCCCCUCCCUCCCCUCGCUCCCCUCCCUCCCCUCGCUCCCCUCGCUCCCCUCGCUCCCCUCGCUCCCCUCCGUCCCCUCGCUCCCCUCCCUCCCCUCGCUCCCCUCCCUCCCCUCCGUCCCCUCCCUCCCCUCCGUCCCCUCACUCCCCUCCCUCCCCUCCGUCCCCUCCGUCCCCUCGCUCCCCUCCCUCCCCUCCGUCCCCUCGCUCCCUUCGCUCCCCUCGCUCCCCUCGCUCCCCUCCCUCCCCUCGCUCCCCUCCCUCCCCUCGCUCCCCUCGCUCCCCUCGCUCCCCUCGCUCCCCUCCCUCCCCUCGCUCCCCAUUUCCCCCCUCCUCUCCCUCCCCACGCUCCCCCUCACUUGCUCACCUUGGAGCUCUCUUCCACAACGCCACGCUCCCCUUGUUCCCCUCGUCCUUCCCCUCGUCCUUCCCCUCGUCGUUCCCCUCGUCGUUCCCCUCGUCGUUCCCCUCAUCGUUCCCCUCGUCGUUCCCCUCGCAAAUUGUUCUCACCGCCCUCUCUCCCCACGCUCCCCUCGCCCCCCCCGCUCCCCACGCUCCCCCUGCUCCCCUCGCUCCCCCCCUCCCACACACAACACGUGCGCACCUUGGAUGCCUCUUUCACAGCGAGAUUCAGACAUGUCUCAGUGCUCCUUCCCCCCCUUUCCCUCCACUUUCCCCCCUUCCCCCCUCCCUUUUCCCCCUCCCCUUCCCCCCUACCCUUCCCCCACUCCCCCUGACGCGCUCGCAUUGGAUGCUUCUACCAGUCCUUGAAAUGGUACAGCAUCCGAGUCGUGCUCAUCACACACUGGAGAUCACGCCUUCAUCCUCCCCACUAUUCUCCCCUUUCUCCCCUCCUGCACUGUUCCUGUCCCUCUCUUUCCCUCCCAUUUCCCCCCUUCACCCCCUGCUCCCCAUUCCCCCUCGCUUUCCCCCCUUACCCCCCGCUCCCCUCGCCCUGCUCGCUCCCCCUCACGCGCUCACCUUGGAUGCCUCUUCCAUGGCGCCGCACAUGUUGUUCUCCCACGUGACUUGCGCUCAUCACACACAGGAGGUGCCUGCCUUCACUCUCCCCACUAUUCUCCCCCUUUUCUCCCCUCCUGCAUUGUUCCUGCCCCUCACUUUCCCUCCCAUGUCCCCCCUCCAACCCCCGCUCCCCAUUCCCAAUCGCUCCCGAACAUUCCCCCUCGCUCCCCUCCAUUCCCCCUCGCUUUCCCCCCUUACCCCCGCUCCCCCCGCUCCCCCCGCUCUCCCCGCUCUCCCCGCCCUCCCCGCUCCCCCCGCUCCCUUCGCCCUCCUCGCCCCCCCUCGUUCGCUCACCUUGGACGCCUCUUCCACGGCGCCGCGCAUGUUGUUCUCCCAGUCCUUGAAAUGGUACAGCGUGAGUCGCGCCGAGAAGAACGGCACGAAGAAGAGCGACGCCUCGUACGGAUCCACGGUGCGCACCGCGUUACUCGCUAUAAGCAGCUCCGUCAUGUGCUUCUCCACGUCAUACUGCUGCGAGUACCACGCGGGCUCCAGCUGGAGAAUCUUGUCCGUGUAA